AUGGCCACGUCAUCAUCCUCCACCAUGGCCGGACCCGGGCCCGACGGCAGGAAGCAGCCGCCGCAGCAGCCACAAGCCCGGAAGCCGCCGGCCCAGGCCAGCUCGAGAAAAGGCUGCAUGCGAGGGAAAGGCGGGCCCGAGAACGCCCUGUGCAGCUACAAGGGCGUCCGUCAGCGGACAUGGGGCAAGUGGGUCGCCGAGAUCCGCGAGCCCAACCGCGGGGCCCGCCUCUGGCUCGGCACCUUUGAUACCUCUCACGAGGCCGCCAUCGCCUACGACGCCGCGGCUCGCAAGCUCUACGGUCCCGAGGCCAAGCUCAACCUGCCCGAGCUGCUGCUGCAACAACAACAGCACCAUCCUGUCAACAACGGCAGCAGCAGCUCGGGCAGCUUCGGUCACACCCCUCUUAGGGAUGUGGACCCUACACAGUCCCUGAAACCUGAGUCCUAUUCAGCUGUUUCAGGGACCGUCACACCAUAUAUAUGUGGUGGUGGUGGUUCUCCUUCUCUGUCAUCUUCACCUUCUUUCUCCUCAUCGUCCUCCUCGAAUAACGUGAACUUGCCGUUGUUCGACGAUUCGAUAUGGGAGGAGGCGGCGAUGUCGUUGGAUUUCCCGGUGGCGAUGCAAGAACCGGCGGGGGUGUUUGCCGGAGGGGUGAUGGAAGGGUGGGAUGCGGCGGCGGGGGCGGCGGCCAGCACAACAACGACUCCAUGGUGCAUGUAA